AUGGUGUCCACUGUCGCAAAUCCAGCACACCUUCUUUGGCAAGAGCGAGUGGACAAAGAAAGGCAAUUGGCAAAAAGGCAAAUCAUCAGGCAGUUGGGGCUGCGUGACUCUUGCACCAGUGCUGCGGAUGCACCGCCCCUACAUGAUUUGCAUCAAUGCAUGUCCAUGCAGGGAGGCGCAGGCAUGCUCCUGCCAAAGAUUCCUUCAACGCCCCCUGUACGACCACUGAGCACGGCUAAAAGCACCCCGUCGCUGAGAAGCGCGAAGCAACUGCAAAGUAGCGGGUCGUUGAGGAGCUCCCUAACAGGACUCACAUCAGCCUCGCUUCGUCGAGAGGUGCAUGAAGCUGUUGCAGCGGAGGUGGCCAGGAUUGUGGAGCCCUUGAAAGAGAAGCUGCACACAGAAAAAACGGCCAGGCAACGACUGGAGAACAUGCUGCGCGUGGCAAAGGGAGGCCCAGCAGAGGCAGACAGAUGA